AUUUAGUUGGUGAAUAGCAUGGAAUGGACAAUCCACCAUCAAAGUGCAUGUGUUAGUUCAUGUGCAACAUGAUAUUCAAGCUCUCAAAUGAGCUCACAAAGAUGAUAAAGUAGUAGUACUAGAUUUAUGGCAAAGAAGAACAACCAAUUGUUUUUUAUGAAGCCAUGGGGAUUAAGGAGCAUCAUCAACUUCAUUGUGUCUCUCUUCCUUGCACUUGCAAUCAUCCUCUUCAUUUCGAGCACGGCAAAGACUGGAAAUGCACGCGAAGGCGGUAUGGAGAGCGCGAAGGCGGCCGGGCAAGGUGAGGAUGGAGAGAUUUGUGACUUGUUCUCCGGAAAGUGGGUUUUCGAUAAUUUGACAUAUCCUUUAUACUCUGAGAGAGAGUGUAUGUUCAUGUCUGAUCAGUCUGCAUGCGAAAAGUUCGGGAGGAAGAAUUUUCGGUAUCAGAAUUGGAGGUGGCAACCUAAUGGAUGUGAUCUUCCAAGAUUCAAUGCGACGAGAUUGCUUGAGAGUUUGAGAGGGCGAAGAAUGGUGUUUGUCGGGGAUUCAUUAAAUCGAAACCAGUGGGUGUCUAUGGUUUGUCUUCUUGGUUCUGUAAUUCCUUCUUCUUUGAAGUCCAUGGAAACCAAUGGAUCUCUCAUGUCCUUCAAAGCCAAGGAAUACAAUGCAUCAGUGGAGUUCUAUUGGUCUCCUUUACUAGUUGAAUCAAACUCCGAUCAUCCAACAAAUCAUCGUAUACCGGAUAGGAUUGUUAGAACUCAAUCAAUCGAAAAACACGCAAAACAUUGGACAGAUGCUGACAUUCUUGUUUUCAACUCUUAUCUCUGGUGGAGAAGAUCUACCAUGAAAGUCAUGUGGGGUUCAUUUCAGGACAAUGAUGGAAUAUACAAAGAGAUUGAGAUACUCAGAGCCUAUGAACUUGCAUUGAAGACAUGGUCUGAUUGGCUUGAAUUCAAUGUAGAUCCUCUCAAGACUCAGCUCUUCUUUGUUAGCAUGUCUCCCACUCACUUCUGGGGUGAAGAGUGGGGAAUUGACAGCAAUCAAAACUGCUACAAUGAGACAGAACCAAUAAAAAAAAUUGGGUUUUGGGGUAGAGGAUCAGAUAAGAGGAUGAUGAAUGUUGUAGAUACGGCAAUCGAUAGAUUGAAGGAUAGGGGAGUGAGUGUGCAGAUACUCAAUGUGACUCAACUCUCAGAAUACCGAAAAGACGGUCAUCCUUCGAUUUAUCGGAAGCAAUGGGAUCCUUUAACCGAAGAACAGAUUGCUAAUCCUAGUAGUUAUGCUGAUUGUAUUCAUUGGUGCCUCCCAGGAGUUCCUGAUGUGUGGAAUGAACUAUUGUACGCCUACAUUUUCAAACAGCAAUGAAGCGGGGAAUUUUUCACCUUGCUGUUAAUUUUUUGGU